AUGAAUGAGGAGCCACGACAUUCACAAGCUGCGCCUCACGUGCGGCCGAGGCCGAAAUCUCGACUGAUAGAGCACCACGCCAUCGACGAGCAGGAUGGGACCGACAAAUUCACCAGCGACUGCUACCAGUUCUUUAUUGAGAAGCUGGGAAGGCUUUCGGAAAAGGAAGCCAACGACGCUAUUCUGGGGCUCGAAAAGUCGGAAUAUGAACGAAUACAUUACGGACUCAUCUAUGCCUUGCUGACGGAGCCUCAACAUGGCCCUAAGUACAUGAACACUCUUCGCGCUGUGGCCACUUCUCGACGCACCGAUCCAUGGCAGAUGACGUACUGGGCGUUGACCCUUGUUACCGAUGAAUGUUUCCACAAGAUGUUGCCACACAUCCGCCCGCAGUUCGUCUACAUCUUCCAAGAAUGCAUCAAAAUUGAUGUAACUGGGCUGGACCACGCGAUGGCGGCUUUUUUACGGGCGAUCAACGACGUGUCGAAAACUGAAGAAAGGAUUCACCUUGCCGACCAAUUCUUCAGCAUGCUACUUGCAAAUAAGCCAUAUCUCCAGGAGCUAAAGCCAACGUCGUCAAGGGGUUAUAAUCACUUCCUGGCCUACGUGGCCCAUACGUGCGCCCGGAUGGUGUCCGAGAUUCUGCCCGUGACCUCGGCCGCUGAGCACCAACCAAUUGCGAACCAUCGGCAGAUAGUUGGCGAAUUGCUGUCGUGGCUGGUGGCGAGUCGUGUGGCUGAAAUUGCUAUUCUCGGUCGCGAUUUUCUGCUGUUACUCCUCAGAGGCACAAAGAACAAAGAGGUUCUACGCAUCGCCGAGGAGAUUAUCAACAAAGGGCACGCCGGAGGAUUUGAUCAAAUGCGCUCCCGGCCGCCCUGCCUGGCCCAUAACCGCCUCAGCUCCCAGUUGGACAAAAAGAUGAAUUUCAUGUUCCGCCUACGCGGCGACAAAAUGGAUUUCCACUGGAAACUCCUGGAAAAUGAUUAUCUCCGACACCAAGCUGACCCGGGCGUUUUGCGCGGGGAGAUGAUUCGCUACUUGUUGCACCAUCAGCAGAUGGAGCACAACGAAACGUUUUUCUUUAUGGAGCCGAAGAUUAGCAUCCUGCAACAUCUCCUUCUCCAUGUCGAGCCAAAUACCCCGGAAAUGCAAUGGAUGAAGACGUGCCUGUGGUGGGAUUGGAUGUGCUUCACCCCUCCGCCGCAGCCAGGAAAAUUGCCGACCCUCGUGCUCAAUGGCCUGCUACUCCCCUGGAACUUUGUGCGGCAUUGCUUCGGCACGUCCAGCUCCCCGGUGAUCUCCAUCGGCAAUUCAUGCCUGGAAUUUUUGUUCAAGAGCGCGACGGAACUGACGCCCGGGACACCGCAGAGGAUUGAAAGCGCUGUGUUUAGCGCUUUGGCCGCCGUCCGAGAUACACAGGGAUCAUCAGUCAUCUCGAGCGUAUUGGAUAGCGUCCGUGUCGACCGUUCUUACCGAGAGCAACUCCGCGCUUUCUUCAAGGAUUUCGUGUCGACCCCUUCUGUGACGCCACCCAAUACGUCGGUUGCACCGCCCGUUACCAGAGAGCCGAAAGAACAUUCACUGUCCCCGGCUCAAUCUCCGUCGAGCGCUUCCGGCGCCUCAAAAGUAACCGACCAGGAAGAGGAGGAAGUGAAGCCAUUGGAGAAAAAGUCCCGGCGAAGCCCCGUCCCUGCCGCCGCGAAGGCGUUGACCGCCGAACGGAAAGUGACGGAGCGAAACGUCUGCGAGAUCGACCUGGUGGCCGCGAAGAAAGAGGCCAAAGAGCGGCUAGCGGAGGUGCUCAACCUGUUGGUCGAGGAGAUUCGUCAGCCUGUCAUCCAGCUACGGGAUCUCUUUGAUGACCCGGCCGUCACAGACUCGAGGCGCUCGGAAGAAGUUCAGGACUUGAUCAUGACGAUUUUGACCACAGAUUCCGUCGCAAAUGAACAAGAUCAGCUGGAAGUUAUGGCACAGGCGCUGCAUUGGAUCUUCCAUCCAUUGGUGUCGUGGUCCGACUCGAUUCUGCCGGCCAAUCCGACGCAGGAGAACCUGGAGGAGUGCUUCAACGCCCCGAUCUACGUCUUCUUCCGCAACGUCACCCAGGGCACGCACGAGGAUCCGAAUCAUCGCAAUAUCAUCAUCCAAUUGCUGGGAAUGCUACGCGAUAAUAGUGACGCCCUUGGAUUCUUACUGCUCUUCUUCCUAAAGUUCGAAAGUUCGACGAAAGAUGCCACUGACGUCCCUGAGCAAAUGGGUGUCUACAACGAGGUGGCCGAUGUCUGUGGCUUUUCCGAAGACGAAAUUCUGGAGGAUGACAUGACGCAAUGCGCGUUGGCGGAUGGUCGACUAUAUUCGUACCUAUUGCCGUUUGUGUUGUCAAGGAUGAAGGAUAAGAUUACUCCAAAAGUCCUGCUGGCCGUUUGCAAGCUGUCCAACCCAGAUGACGUUUGGAUGUUGAGUGGUGAGAUCACUCGCGAAAAUCUGACGCUCUUCAAGAAGGAGACGUUCCCGAAGAUUGUCGUCGAGACGUUAACGUGGGAAGUGUACGCGCAGUGUACUUUUUGGAAACUGGUCCAUGCCCAAGAUGUGUCGAUCGAUUGGUGCACGCAGCUCUUCUCCAAGAUCAACGGCGUCGAGCACCCGGAGGCCGCCUUCAACGUGCUGCUGAUUGCCAAGCGUAUUGAAAGAGAGCCAACGCUGAGCGCCAUCCGGUCGUUCUACCUACGUCCCUGCGACACCCCUGAUGAUUUUGGUGUUAAUCUACUGAAGGCGCUCAUCAACAAUGAGGACAUAUCGUUGAAAGUGGCUGACUUGACAAAGACCAUCUUCAAGAAGCAGCAAGAGGCAAAUGAUUUCCUAAUGGCGACAAGCAAGGACAAAACGCAGAAGGGACAGAAAUUGUCGAUGGAACAGGUCCUUUUCCACCUCCAGCAACUCUCCCAUCACUGUCUCUACAAGGAGAAUCGAUCGGUCGAAAAGUUCCUCUCGCAAACGGUCAUGCGCGAGGCGUUCGAUAUCGUCACUUCAUCGAAGGACCGCGAGGUGAUCAAGCUGCGCGAGAAGUACAGUGACCUCCUCGCGGCCGUAGUCGCCCUUCGCAAGGAGAACGAGGCGCCACAGCGGGCGACGCGGCAGCCGAGGAAGGCCAAUACGUCGAACAAGCGCCCCGCCACCGAUAAUGACGAUGUACCGCGUGAGAAGAAGACGCGAGCGGUGAUCGUGCUCUCCGACGAGGACGAU